CACCUGUGCACAAGAGCUAGCUGAUUCAAACGUUUCCUUUCAGAAAGCUUCACGCACGUUAUUUUGCACAGCUUUUGUGCUAGGAAGAUUUGAAUUGUGGUUUCCAUAGAUCUUGACCGCCUGAAAACAGAGAGGAUGACAUGGCUUCUUGGGAUUUGCACGUUUUGGCUGCCGGUGGUAGCGGUUUUGUCACAGAAGAAUUUCAAUGUGGUGCCAACCCAGAAUCUUAACCACCGAACGGGCCUGAAGACUGAUUGUCUAGGAGGCUAUAUGAGGCUAACCGUAGAUAAGUCUCUAGCUUUUGGAAAUCAAGUUGAAUUUGAUGCUCUCAAUGGCUCCCAAAUUGAACCUUUAACUCCAAGCCUGUCUGCCAAAUGUGGUUUUACUAUAGACUCGGAUCCCUGGGGUAACUACAGAGUCUUCGCAUCUUUCCUCAAUUGCUUUGCAGGAAAUGAGGAUGAUAGCAUGAUUGAUAUUGACAUGCGCGUCAGGGUGCAAGGUGUCAACGCAGAACAAGAUGUCCUUGAAGUGACGAAGACCUGUAAAUAUGACCAAUGGGCCCCCCGUGAAGUUCUUUGCACUCAGAAUUAUAUGGAGGUGUCUGUUAACAGAUUGCCAGAAGAGAUUACAGCUUUGCGUAGACGACCUAUGCCUCGAGCAAACGUUUUUGCUAACCAGUGGAGCGAUACUGUUCCUGAGGCCAUUACGUCUAGGUUCAAUAUAUGGAGAAUGGUGUUUUUCACUCCUGAACAAAAACCUAUGGUGUUGGAGGAUGCCCUGAAGGCUGGAUAUGGUAUAACAACGACCAAGUCUCGAUUGGUGCUACGGAGCGGUUAUGACAUGCCCGAGACCUAUCUGAAAAAUGUGAAUGGCGUGCCAAUGAAGAUCAUCAGGUUGACCACCUACUUCAAGAAACAGUGGUCGGUAACCAUGUUGGAUACUGUUGCUGCAUGUCCAACUGGUGGACUUUCUUUUACGGAUGAGGAGAUCACCUGGAACUUCCCCCGGUUUAAUCCACUAAUGAGUUCUUCUCAAACAAGUCUCCUUGGGAUGUUCAUGGGAAUAAAUGGGAAGCUGAUAGAUUCUGCAAAAAUGACCGCUAGAGGCUAUGUUUUGUCUGUAGUAGACGAUCAGAUCAUAAUGACAAUACCAAUCGGUGGACCAGAUGGCUAUUACAAGAGUCAUGCUGUAAACAACCUGUACCAUAUCACAUACAACAUUGAGCCAAUGUUGGAGUUACUGUGGAGUGAGGGAGGCAUGGAUGCUACAAGAUACAGAGUCCUCUUCACCAUCAUGACCCCUCUUAUGCCUCGACCACCCCGUUUUGUCGACUUCACUGAUCCAGACCAAAGGCUGUUUGAUGUAUUCUUGGGUCCUUUCCUUUAUGACAUCGAGUUGGUGAACCUCACUUUUUCCACUGGAGUCCUUACUGUGGCAGAGGCCAGUGCAAGUGGCAUCAACAUACAAGAACAAACCUUUCAAAAUGGCUCCAAGGCGUUUAGACUUCAAGUUCCCUUCUCUCUUUCCUUUGUUGUGAGAACUCAAGUCGAUCUGACUGUUACAGUAUAUACUCUUUAUGUCACUUUCGGUUUUAUGAUCCUGCCUGAAUACACGCCAUUCUCCCAAACCGAAUCUGUUGACGUAUCCCUUAGAGAUGUCACUCUUCCAACUGUGAGUGGAUCCUGUGACGAUGAAAAAUUCUAUGUUGUAAUUUCAUUUGGAAACAUGGGCAAGAAUUUUAAUAUUAUGAUGGGUAUGCAUGACAUAACUCCAGACCAGAGAGCAGAGUACUAUCAAAUGGAGAAUGCCACUCAUAUGAGCUUGGCAGUGCCUUUCCUUUCGCCUGAUGUUGUGUUUGAGUUGAUGUAUCCAUCAUCCUUAAGGGUUCGGCUUGAUGUAUUACUAUGGGAGCCCAUAAACAGAUGGACACUAAGUGACUUCUCCCUUGCUUGCAAUUUUCCCAUGACCAUGACUGAGUGUUUCAGCAAUGGCACCAUGUCAGCCCUCGCAGUGAAGGUAGAAUCCGUCCCCCAGCUUGAUCCUAGUCAGCUUACCCUGAGUGAUCCCUCAUGUAAACCCAAAUUCAGCAACGAUCGCUUUGCCUACUUCUCUUUUGAAGCAAACAGUUGUGGAACCACUAGAACGUUCUAUGAUGGAGUUGUGAUGUAUCAAAAUAUAAUCUCUCUGGGUAAUGCGCUACCCAUUUACAAGCAAAGUCAAAAGGGAGAACCCAUGAGUCCUCCUGAUCCAGAAUAUCGUGUGACCAUGUCCUGCUUUUACACGCUAAAUUCUACCCAGACAAUUGCUUUCUUCACAAAGCCACGGGAAAAUGAACCUUUGCCAGAGACUGGUUUUGGAGAGCUGCAAGUUGUACUGAGACUUUCUUGGGAUGGCUCUUAUAGUAACUUCUAUGUGAAGGAGGAUUACCCAGUAGUACAGCACUUAAGAAGUCCUCUGUUCUUUGAGGUGGCGCUGCUGCAGUCCACUGAUCCUCAGAUCAAGCUAGUGCUGGAGCACUGUUGGGCUACUAUGAAGGAAGACCGGAACUCCACUCCAUCAUGGGACUUGAUCGUAGAUGGCUGUGUGAAUCUGGCUGACCGUUAUGAGACCAUUUUCCACCCUGUUGCUCCUAACAGCAUUCCAUACCCAUCUCAUGUGACUCGUUUUGAAGUCAAGAUGUUUACUUUUGUUCAGAAUGAUGUUGCAGUUCAAAAUCAGGUUUUUGUACACUGUGACGCUAUACUUUGUGACGAUGUGACUAACGGAAUCUGCAAGAGACAAUGCCCAUCUUCUAUUCCUCUAAAAACUGGAAAAGUGCGAAGAGAGACGACUAAUUUCCUGUUCCGGAGAACACGGCUGUCAUCAGGAAAAAUAUUGCUGUCAAGCUCUUAGUCAGGAUUCCCCAACACACCCCCU